AUGGCCAGCACUUUCACCUUCUGGGUUGGCUACUUCGAGCGGCGCCUUCCCUUUACGUACCUGCACUGUCUGCCGCGUAGUUCACAGUUUGUCAGGCAUGUGCGAACUACACCGACGUCAACAAAGCAUGAAGACGUCGGUGACGCCGAGCCGAGGCGCUAUGAUCGCCGCAAAAUGGCCAAGCUUUUCGACAGUGUCAGAAGUUUGCCAGAAGACGUAGACGACGUCGUAUCUGCGGAGUUUAGUGGAAUGGCGUCAUCCGUUGCUGGGAUAUGUUGGCAUAGGGCUGCUCUGUCAGAGAUGGUGGAGCCGGAAACGAGCAACGCAAAUGGACCAGAAGGGAGACGUAACGAUGCUCGCAAUACUGCAGAGGAUGUUAACGAGACACCUUAUUUUACAUCCGAAGACGAUGUGUCCUGUAAUUUGGGAGGAUCGGACAGUGUCAAAAGUGACAGAGAAAACGAUGAAGCAACUGCAGGCUUCGCAAUGAAUGAACAGAAGGACGCCAUCAUCCGCGAAAUGCAGUUGCUCAUGCAAAACGAAAGAAAGGAGAGAGAAAGGGUUAGAGAGAUGCUCUCAAAGCAACAGAAGUUGCGCAUAGGCAACGCAAUGAGCCCCGGAAGGGAUGUAUCCACCAUGAAGCUGCUCACCAUCGCAAAAGAGAUCAGCGGCCGCAACCCAGCGCACGGCAAACCACAGUUGGAUGAGAAGCGUGAUAGGAGGGAACGUGCAUAUUACAGGAAUUUGCAGAGAUCGAAGGCAGCUGCGCAACCUGAAGACAAAGGGUAUUACAAGCAGAGUUGGACUGAUGGGAGAGACCUGGUCAGAGUGCUCGAUGUGGAUCAGUUGCCGCUGCCGCUGCUCCAUCAUAUGCUAUGUUACUCACUAGUCAAGCACAUGCCGGCAGAAGCUGUUCUUCAAGUCAUAUCGCGCAUCGCCAUGCUCAGGGACAAUAACAGCCACGUCGCGUAUCAGAACUUCCUGAGGGACAUAGGUAAAAUAGCCAGCCCGAUAUGCCGCGCGGAGGUGGUAGCUCUGCUCUCCAGGGGAUAUCAGAGCGUCAGUGUACCCUUCAUGGUGGACUACGUGCGGCGGUUUGGCACUUUUUCGAGGCGGUUCAUGGCCAAGCUGAUACAGCGACACGCACAGCCGCAGGCGCUUGACUUCCUGAGAUACCGGGCAGGACAACGGCAAAUCAACCAAAUACUUACUAGACCAUGGGCACUUUUCGGGUAUGUAAAGAUGCUCAAAAAGUCCUCCGCCAAAACAUACAUGUACCACAACCUUUUGGCGAGAGGAUACGUGCCGAAUGAGACUGUCUUUGAUCGCUUCCACGCCUUCGGCACGCUUGAUCCCGGCAUGGCUAAUACGAUACUGAAUUCUCAGAAGCUGCUCAACGACACCGUUUCCUUCAGUGAACAUACCCCGAAGCCUGACGCCAACAGGCCAAGCAUGUAUGAUACCGUUCUCGAAGCCCAGGCGCUAGGACUGCCACUAGAAGACCUAGUGGAGGAGUCUGCGCCCAUUAAAUCGGAUGACAAAGCCGACGAUGUUGCGCUGCCGUCUCGCAUGAGCACGCAACUUGUCAAGAUACAAACCCAGCUGCCGCACCAGCAGCCGCCAACCACGACGACCGGCUUCCGCGAUGUCGAUGACGACCUCCCUGCCAACAGAAGCAACAUUACAUGGACCACGCCAUGGGGGCGGCGCAGGGACGUCUUCCAUUUCAGAGGUAAAACGUACACCCUGGACCCCGAUGCAGGCUGGAAAAUGUCCCGCAGCGCAGUCAGGCCACACUACCUCAAGAAUAUACAGAUGAACAAGCGCAAAGCACGCAGUAAAGCGCUCAGACGCUCGGUCGCAAAGCGAGCGCGCCAAAUGCUCGCAGAGCGUAUGACAUAA